AUGGCUGCUGCCUCCCCUUUGGGAAAACUGGAGGAUGAGGUGCUGUGCUCCAUCUGCCUUGAAUACUUGAGAGACCCAGUUACCAUUGACUGCGGUCACGUCUUUUGCUACCACUGUAUCAUUAAGGUCUGUGAAUCUACUAUGCGGCCAUUGUAUUGUUCUCUGUGCAAGACAGCUUUUAAGAAAGAGAAUAUUCGCCGGGUGUGGCAGAUGGCCAGCCUGGUGAAGAACAUUUGGAGGAUGAAGGUGGAUGAGGAAAGACAACCCAGAGAGGAAAGACCACCUGAACAAAGAGCAGAGAAGCUGUGUGGGCGACAUCUGGAGAAGCUCCAUUACUAUUGCAGGGAUGAUCAGCAGAUACUGUGUGUGAUAUGUCGGGAGUCCCAGGAGCACAGGCACCACGUUGCUGUUCUCUUGGAGAAGGCUGCACGGCCUUAUAGGGGUAAAAUUCAAAACCAUCUGAAACUUCUGAAGGGAGACAGGGAUAGGAUUCAGAAUUUUCAAUCUAUGGGAGAAGAUGAGAUUCAGGCUCUGCUGACAAAAUUCCAGAAUCACAGACAAGACAUUGUAUCAGUGUUUGAACAGGGCCAUCAGUUUUUGAGAGAAAGGAAACAAUACCUGUUGGAGCAGCUGGUGGGGCUAGAGCAGGAACUCGCUGAAAGGAGGAACAGCCUUGUCACCAAAGGCUCUGAGGAGGUGGUCCGUCUUGGGACCUUGAUCUCUGAGAUGGAGAAGAAGGCUUGGUCUCCAACACUUGAACUUUUGCAGGACCCAGGUGACGUAAGAAGCAGGUAUCCCCGGAAGAAGUUUUGGAUUGAAAAGCCUAUCAGUCCUGCCAUCAAAAAGCGAGCAGAAGAAUUUUCAGAUAAAGUUCUUUCUCUCGAGAAAGGACUCAGAGGAUUCCAUGGAAAAUUGAUGAGGGAUCUGGAAUAUAAGACAAUGAAGAUCAUCAUGAAUUCUCAGACAGCCAAUAACUGCCUUUCAGUGUCUCCAGAUGGGAAGAGUAUUAUGUUCACUGGUUUGUGGAUAAACAAAUGCCAGCAUGGUCAGCGAUUCGAUCCUGAGCCUGGUGUGCUGGGCAGUAAAGGCUUCACCUGGGGCAAAGUGUAUUGGGAAGUGAAAGUGGAUAGGAUCUGGUGGGGAGCAGAGGAGGAAGAAGAGGCAGUGAAAUGCAGGAGUAGAGCGAGAGGUGUGUUUGGCAGUAGUUAUCUUGGUGAGUUCAUAGGUAUCACUGAUGGCUACAGUUCUCCUGGAUAUAGAAAUGAGAGUGAAGAGUUGGAGGAAGAAUGGUCUCAGGAAAAUGGAAUCCUGCCAAAAUUCUGCCUUGUAGGUGUAGCAAGAGAGUCAGUUGUGAGAAGAGGAUUUCUCAUCUUCACCCCUGAGGAGGGAUUCUGGACUCUGCAGCUGUCUUCAGCUGGGGUUUCUGUAUGUACUAGCCCUGAGCCUUUCCAGGUCCUGUCUUACUGUCCAAGGCAGAUCGGGGUUGCUUUGGAUUAUGAUGGAGGAAAGAUAACCUUUACUGAUGUUAGAACUCAAGAGUUUAUCUAUGAAUUCUCAUCUUCCUUUACUGGGAGAAUUUUUCCUUUCCUGUGGCUUAAUUGCAUGAGAUCCAUACUUACUCUAAAACCCUGA